AUGGUACUCGUUAAGAUCGUCGUCGGGAGAGGUGAAGGACAGUGUGUUUGUUCGACCGAUAACGAAGAGCGGAUUCCAAUGCCGUCGGUUUGCGGGGCUUCCAACAGCAAACGCGGAAGUGAACCUCUAGAUGAUAUCAAAGUGAGGGCAAGUUUGAGGGUUCAACAUGCCUUGUAUGCCAAGCUUUUUGGCAAGGCUCCAGUUUUUGAGUAUAUAAAAAUUGUUCUACUUGGACAGUGGCAAGAGUUUGGAAGAAUCUCCAUAUCUGACAUGCCAAAUGGGUUUAUGUUAAUCCGCUGUGAGACAAAUGAGGCAAAGAAAAAAAUAGUUUUUGGAGGACCGUGGAAUAUAAAUGGACUUACCUUCCAAAUCUCACAGUGGCAACCUUUCUUUGAACUGGCAACGACCAAGCUGACAAAGGCCAUUGUGUGGGUGCAACUUCAUAACUUACCAUUUGAACUUUGGGAUGGUCAAACCCUUGAUUCCAUCACUGAACCUCUUGGCAAACUUCUCAAGGUUGAUGAACUCACUUCAUCCCUGUCGAGAGCUCGAUUUGCAAGAGUUUAUUUAGAGAUUGAUCUAAUUUCACCACUGAAAAGAGGCUUCUGGUUGGACGAUGGAUAUGGGGAGAGUUCCUUAGCUCCUCUCGAUCUUACUGUCAGUUAUGAAGGGUCCAAAGGAAAACAGGUAGCAUCUCCUGGGGAUUCGAUCUUGGCAAUUCCGACAACAAGAGAGAACAAUGCCAGAAACCCUAUUCGCUUGCCUGGGAGAAUGGAAAAGGGGGAGUCUUCUUCCAAGAUGGUAGAGCCUUCUCAAAAACAACCUCUUAUUCCUCUAUUCUUCUAA